AUGGCAAGCAGUGUCAGAUUUCAUCCAUGCUUCCUUGUUGCCUCUAUUCUCUCAUAUUAUGUUAUAGGCCUUUUGGCUACAGCUCAUAAUGUCCCCCAAACACAAUUAACACUACACAAAGAUCAACAUAUCAUGAAAUUCUCAAUUGGCACUCCACCAGUAGACUUCUAUGGCACUGCAGAUACAGGCAGUAACCUUGUGUGGACACAAUGUCUACCUUGUGAUGCCUGCUUCAAACAGAUUUAUCCCAUGUUCGAUUCUAAAGAGUCCUCCACAUACCGCGAAAUUUCUUGUCAAUCAGAAGAAUGUCGUAUACUAUUGGAUGAAGCCACUUGUUCUCCUCAAAAUAUUUGCAAUUACAAGACUGGAUAUGCUACUGGUUUGUCCAAAGGUGUUUGGGCCAAAGAAAAAGUUACCAUUAAUUCUACCUCAGGGCAAGCGGUUUCCUUUGACAUUGCUUUUGGAUGUGCACACAACACAGGUGGCUUCCAUUACGAAGGCCAUGCAACGGGAAUUAUUGGGUUAGGAGCAGGGCCUUUGUCCUUUGUUUCACAAAUUGGUAGCAAGAGGUUUUCUUAUUGCUUGGUACCAUAUGGUACUGAUCCUAGUAUUACAGGCAAGAUAAGUUUCGGCAAUGGCAGUGAAGUUGUGGGUGAUGGUGUGGUUUCAACACCAUAUGUAGGUGGAGAUCAAUAUUAUUUGACACUAGAAGGAAUUAGUGUUGGAGACACAUAUGUACCCUUUAACUCUUCAGGUAAGGUUUCUAAGGGCAACAUUUGUAUGGAUUCAGGAUCACCACCAUUGACUUUGCCACCAGAUUUUUAUGAUCGCUUAGUGGUGGAAGUGAAGAAGCAGAUUUCAAUUGAUCCCAUUAAAAAUGACACUCUUUUGGGGACACGGCUUUGUUAUAGAACUGAAAUUACUAAUGAAAAUGGACCAAUAUUGACUGUCCAUUUUGAAGGAGCAGAUGUGGAGUUAAAGCCCAUACAAACUUUCAAUCGACCAGUUAAAGAAUAUGAAUAUUACUGCUUUGCAAUUACAAAUAUUGCAAAUACUGAGUUGGAUUUUAAGGAUGGCGCAGGAUUAUAUGGUAGCAAUGUUCAAGCAAAUUUUUUGAUUGGGUAUGACUUGGAAACAAAGAUGGUCUCCUUCAAGCCAACUGAUUGCACCAAACUGUAG